AUGUACCGCCAUCAACCCCGCGUCUCAGACGACCUUUCUCCCCCGCAACCCAUCGACGACGAGAACGAGUUGACAACUCUCCCCGAUCCACGAAGCCGGGCUAUGAGCCCCUCCAGCGCCAUUUCAAUGACCAGUCAUCAUCAUCCCGAUCUCGACCAGGAGGUGGCCACCCUCAGCACGAAAUUAAUCAACGCAAUCAAUCAUCAGACCACAUUGGAUGAUAACCUAUCGCAAACUAAAAUGGAGCUAGAGCAGGCACGCGACAGGAUCAGGCAACUGGAGAGGACAGUGGAGGAGCAAAGGGAGAUGCUGGCCGGUGACGUGUGGGUAAGGAGGAAAACGGUCGAGGCGGAAAAAACAACUCUGCUGGGAGCCAUUGCCGAAGAGAAGCAGGCCCGCUUGGAUGUGGAACAACAAAAGAAGAAGAUCGAACAGGAGUUGGAGAAUCUAACAGCCGCCCUAUUCGAGGAAGCCAACAAAAUGGUCAUUUCCGCCAAGGAAGAGGCCAGGAUGGAGCAGGAGAUCCUGCAACGGAAGAACGACCAGCUCAGGGCACAACUCGUGGAUACCGAGGGAUUACUCAAGUCGCAGCAGGAGCAACUGACAGAGCUGAAGCAUCUCAUGGAGGACAUGAGCGCCGAGAAGGACGAGCAGAUUCCUCCAACGGCGCCUUCUUCUCCAGGCUUCAGCAAGUUUGAGCUUUCAAACGAGGAAGGCCUUUCCGAUCGCUUACACCAUGGCCACCACAACCGCCAACAAAGCGUGGUAGAGCCCAUGUCUCCUUCAUAUCCUACCAGCUUUACUCACCUCCUUAAGCCCGUACUUCGUACCGACCUAGCAUCGUACAACGACUUCAAGGAUCUCAUUCGCACAUCCAAGAGGAUCUCUGCCCAGCGCAUACCCACACCAUCUACCGGGGGCGCACUCACGUCCCUUGGCUUGGGCUUAGGAUCGGUAGGCGCUCAUCUUGCGCUGGCCAAUGCCUCCAGCACGUCUCUUGCGACCAUCGCAACCACCCACUCGACCUUCUCCCAAACUCCCGCCACACCCGCAUCGGCCGUCACCGCCAGCCCCGGCAUCGCUGCUAUCCCUCUUCCGGCCUUGAAGGACACCAAGUUUUUAUAA